AUGGCUGUCAGCCACCUCCCAGCCCUGGUCCAGGAUUUGGUGACCUUCAAUGAUGUGGCUGUGCUCUUCACCCAGGAGGAGUGGGGGCGGCUGAGCUCUGCCCAGAGGACCUUGUAUAGGGAUGUGAUGCUAGAGAACUACAGCAACCUGGUUUCUCUGGGACUCUUGGGAUCCAAACCAGACGUGUUUUUUCACCUGGAAAAAGCAGACAAAUGCAUGUCAGAGGAUGCGCCAGAGGGCUUUGUUCUUGAGUGGAUUACAAUGACCAUGAGUAAGAAAUGUCUCAGGGCAGAUAUCUCUAAAAAAGAAUCAGAUCAAUGGAUAAUGAAGGAGAGCGUCACCAGAGAGACUCACCGGGAAUGUGCUAACCUGUUAGACUGGCAGUACCAGGAGGGUCAGGAGGUCAGGUUGCAGCAAGUGGGCCUCACCCAACAGGACACUCCAUCAAAGCUCAGUGAGCAGCAAGCUGAGGUGUCUGAGAAGGGCUGCACAGUGAGCUCAUUACCCAUUCAAAGUCAGAGAUCUCAAGCAAGCAAAAAAGCGUUUGAAUGUAGUGAGUGUGGAAAAGCCUUCUCUAAGAGUUUCACCUUUAAGAAACAUCAGGAAAUUCAUACUGAGAAGCUCAACACAAGUCAGAAAACGUCCAUUAAAGAAAAGCGCUAUGAAUGUCGAGAAUGUGGAAAAGCCUUUCACCAGAGCACACACCUUAUCCAUCACCAAAGAAUUCACACUGGUGAGAAGCCAUAUGAAUGUAAGGACUGUGGCAAGGCCUUCUCAGUGAGCUCUUCGCUUACCUACCACCAGAAAAUCCAUACUGGAGAAAAGCCGUUUGAAUGCAAAGUUUGUGGGAAAGCCUUUAUCCGGAACAUACAUCUUUCCCACCAUCAGAGAAUACACACUGGAGAGAAACCUUUCCAGUGCAACAUUUGUGACAAAGCUUUUGUCUGCAGAGCACAUCUUACCAAACACCAGAACAUUCACAGUGGCGAGAAACCCUAUAAAUGUAACGACUGUGGGAAAGCCUUCAACCAGAGUACAAGUUUUCUUCAGCACCAGAGAAUACAUACUGGAGAGAGACCCUUUGAAUGCAACGAAUGUGGAAAGGCCUUCAGAGUGAACUCUUCCCUUACCGAACACCAGAGGAUUCACACUGGGGAGAAGCCAUAUAAAUGUAGUGAAUGUGGCAAAGCCUUCAGGGACAAUUCAUCCUUUGCUCGACAUCGGAAAAUUCACACGGGAGAGAAACCUUACAGGUGUGGCUUGUGCGAGAAAGCUUUCAGGGACCAGUCAGCCCUAGCUCAGCAUCAGAGAACUCACACUGGGGAAAAGCCUUACACGUGUAACAUCUGUGAGAAAGCCUUCAGUGACCACUCAGCCCUUACCCAACAUAAGAGGACUCAUACAAGAGAAAAACCGUACAAAUGUAAAAUCUGCGGAAAAGCUUUUAUACGGAGCACACACCUCACUCAGCAUCAGAGGAUUCACACGGGAGAGAAACCUUACAAAUGUAACACAUGUGGGAAAGCCUUCAACCAGACUGCAAACCUCAUUCAGCAUCAGAGGCAUCACACUGGAGAAAAAUGA